GGCCGGACACUGACCUCCCAGCUCCGCCCGGCCGGACACCUACUGUCUGUCCAUCCGCCACCCCACACACUAAAGGGCCCCACACCUCCGGCACCGGUUGACUAAGCGGAGACAUGUAUGAUGUGGACGCCCUGUGUGAAGCCAGCGAGUUCAACAUCUCCACCAGCGACACGUACACCUGCCUUUCGGCCCGAUGCUCGGAGAGGCCGUGCGGCACGUGUCAAACCUGCAACCUGGAUAGGACGCUGGUCUACACCAAGGAGUGGUUCAUCCGCGCCGGAGACCUGUCCAAGCAGCAUUUUUUAAAGGGGCUGAUCCGGAGGGUCGGCAGCAAGGACCUCCUGCAGCAGGUGGGCAGGCUCUUGGAGCCGGUCUUUGGCAAGGACUUCACCCACGCUCGCUCGUCUGCCAACCCCAGCCUCCCCGAGGACCUGCCCACGAACGGCUCGGACCGCAGCUUGGACAAGGCGGCUCUGCAUCAGUAUAUGGUGCAGACGUGGGGGUGGUUUGCCAAAAGCACAUAUUGGACAAAAGCAAACUUCGUGCUGGGAGUACUCCAACUGUGUGAUGCCAAACUGCUUUUCCUCCUUGCUAACCUGGUCCGCGCACUUAUACCCAGCCAACAGGCGCACGAGUGCCCUCUAAGGAAAGAUCCGCGCAUUGAUGCCAUUGCAACAAUGGACAACUUAAAUUACAGAUUUAGAAUAGAUGAACACCCAGAGCUUCAGAAGCUGAUUGAUAUUUGGCCUGAAUUUACAGUAGUGACUCCUGAUAUAAUGCCCUCCAGCCUCAUCGCUGAAACCCCGCCAGUUGCUCGUAAACGCCGGGUAAAGAGUGGAUCCAGAAAGAAGAAAAAGUUACAGAAUGUACGCGAAGAUGAUCUCAGUAAAAUCGAACCCCCGGUUCCGAUUACUGUAACAAAUUCUUUCCAAGCAACUUCGGGGGUCAGUAAUUAUAAGGACUUCCUCCGCUGUCUACCGAUACACCUGGCAAAAUACAUACUUGGUUUUCUAGACGAUGCAAGUCUCCAAAGUUGCUUGUUCGUAUCACAACAUUGGCAGUAUUUGGCAAAGGAGGUGACUAGGGACAUGUUGGCCCUGCAGUGCAUUUUUGACGAAGUCUUAAAGUUGCAGCAAUUAGCUAUCUCUGCCAAAAAGAAAACAGUGGAUGGUAUAAAGAAAAAAAUGAGAGAGAAGGCCCCGAGAGCAAAGAGUAAAGCGAAAAGCAGGAAGAAAAAAGGGAGAAAAAAGGAAACAGAAUUAGAAAUAUGCAUCAGGCAACUUGAAAAUAAGGAAGUGCAUCUAAAAAAGAGAAAGCAGAAGAGAACAGAUAAAAGAGGAGCAGAGGAAAUAGUACCUCAGAAUUUAAAUGUUGAGUACGCAAGAAUUUGCCAAAUUCCAGUACCAAGAGUAGAUGAUCACGGAUUAACUUUACCAACAAAGACAUUGGAUAAAAAGGUUGGAUUAGGAGCCGCAUAUACUGAUAUCCACACUGAGUUGAUACAAAUGGAGGAGAGAAAUAUCUACUGUGGUGCUUAUAAUAUAAAAAUCAUCAAACAGCUGGUGGAUCCCAGCAGGGUAAUCCACUACUGUGGUGGACAGCUGAUAGCCUCUGGUUCAUCAGACAGGAAAAUAAGAUUUUUGGAUGUCGGUCACUCCACGGACACCAAACGUGUGAUACAAGGGCACGCUGGAAGCAUCAAGGCUCUCGUUCUAAGCGAGGACCAAAACUUUGUUAUUAGCGGAAGCUUCGACCUCAGUAUCAGACGGUGGAACCUGACCACGGGCUAUUGUAUGACCAUCUACCGUGGCCACGUGGGAGUUAUUACCUCUCUUGUUAUGUAUAAGGACAAGCUUGCAUCAGGGGCAAUGGAUUGUCUGACCAAAGUUUGGGACGUAGAAAACGGGAAAUGUAUCACCACCCUCAAGCACGAGAAACCAAUUCGCUCGGUGGGUAUGAGCGAGAAGACUGUGAUAUGUGGAUGUGACGAUGGAAAUGUCCACGUGUGGACCCUAGAACCUACUUCAUUGGUCAAGGUCCUGUCUGGUCACCAAGGUCCUGUCAGAUGUUUGUCUUUCGACCAGUGGCACCUGGUCAGUGGAAGUGAGGAUGCAAAUGUGAAAGCUUGGAGCAUGAUUGGAAAAUUUAGUAUAUGUCUAAAGACAUUCAAACAUCCAAGGGCCGUGCUUUGUGUCCAUCUCCUUUACCUUCGGUUGCUCAGCGGAUGCAGCGAUGGGAAGAUCAGAAUUUUCGACCUCUGCCGUGGCACCUGUCUGAAGGUGAUGAGAGCGAGCGGCCGUGGGGAACCUGUACUUUCUUUCUACUUCUCUGAGAAGAGCAUGAUCAUUAACACUGUCGGCAGUGUGGUAGCAUUUCACUACGAGGAUGUCACCUGGGAUUACACAGCAGCAUCAGCGGUCAUUGAAGGCCCAGUGGAAGAAGACCUAUUUAAAAUGGCACCGCUGAGGAAGCAACCCUACAGUUAUGUCCGUGCUCAACGUAUGAGAAGAAUUGGUUCAACAAAUGAAAAGAUCUAUCAUAGAGAGGACAUCACAUCAGGACUGUCUCACCAUGCACCUAUAAUGUCAGCCAGAUGUAUGCUACAGGCACAAAGGAUUCAAUCAGAUUCCAUGAAGGUUCCCAAUUUGAGAGAAUUUCACUUCCACAGUCCGGGUGCGUCGCUCAUUGGCCAGAGGCCAUCGCCGACUGGUUGGGUUUCCAGUACAUUGGAAAUGCCAUCACAAGGAAGAUUAAGUGAUUAUACUGUGUUCAGUUUAGAUAGAAGAACUGAUCCAUUGUCAAAAGCUUCAAGACUUCUAUCAGCAAGUGAGCAAGAAACAUUAAAGCGAAUUAAAAAACAUGGCCUGUCCAGACCCAAAACAUCAGAGCAGAUCCGUCUGACAGUCAAUGCGAUCCAUAAUCGAUACGGAUUUGAAGAGACUAAAAUAAACACACUGUAUAACAUUUCACUUGAAGAUGAUUGGGGACAUCCUCGAUGUCCUUUGAAAGAUAUGGAGAGAAGAUUUAUUGCAAAAAAGCAUGCACCCCAACCUGACAUUAUUCAAGAUGAAGUUAAAGAGUGUAUUGAUGUACAAACCUUUCUUCCUGCUUUUGAUUUAAAGAAUCAAACUCCUAAUCAGAAACGCAUCUUUCACACUCGUAAUACAAAUUGUUUUGCCAAAAGGCCGACAAUUAAACGAUCAAAAUCAACCCUAGGGUUUGUUGACCCCGUUCCAUUUAUCAGUCAAAAGAACAGGCCCCGAACUGCGCUCGACGACAUACCCAAAAGAGGCGAAGUAGCAAUUGACUCAAAAGAAAGAAAUCAAUCCUUAACCUUGGUGCCAAUUACUACGAUAACUAAAGCGGCUGCGAAGCUGAGGUUCCAACAAAGUGCAAUCAUCAACCCAUUCCGGGAAAAUAGUGGUUUCAGACUCUGUACGCCAAAACAACGUAAAGAAUAUGAAGAAAAAAUAAUUGCAGAACACACUAUCAACCAGCAAAGACUGGAACAGGGUCGGGUGUUUUCCAAGGUGUGGUUAAAGAGGAAUAGCACUUGAAAUAGGGUACAAUUUGCACGUACUGAGUCUUGGGACUAAUACAUAUAAGGCUAACGUGAUGUAUGUCAGCUUGUCUUCCCCCUUCCAUAUAUAGUUAGAAUUUGAGAAACAUGCAAUAGUUGUCAAAAUAAAGAACUCUAUGGAGAUUUUAAAAGAUUUGAAUGGAGGAUAUGUUGUGAUAAAGACUGCGGUAUUACACAGGACACAGUUUUUAACAGGGUUCGACAGUAAUACAAGCAAACAUUACACCAUCUUUACAAUGACCUGCUAGUAGCGUGCUACACUAUGCUGCUAGCCGGCAGCAUGUAAGAAGCAACAAAGAUGGGCACCAUCACCCUCAUGUAUGAGCAGGAGAGGGAGAAGGAAGACACCAGAGGGUGGCACAGUGGCAUAGCAGUAGAGUUGCUGCCUCACAGCUCCAGAGACCUGGGUUCGAUCCUGACUAAGGGUGCUGUCACAGGGAGUUUACAAACUCUCCCUGUGACCUCGUGGGUUUUGCCCAGCUGUUCCGGUUUCCUCCCACAUUCCAAAUAUGUGCUGGUUUGUAAGUUAAUUGGUUUCUGUAAAUUGUCCCUAGUGUCUAGAACUAGUGUAUGGGUGAU